AUGCCAUAUAAGAAAGUAGGUCCACCACCCAAGAACCUUCCACCACUUCCUCGCUUAAAAGUGCGUCGUCCCAUAUUGAGCAAAUCUACCAAUCAAUGUUUUGUAUUUAUGUCAAGUUUAUUAAAUUGUUGGGCAUCAAACGGUGAAGGAAACACCGUUUGUGCUGGGUUUGAAAAAGAUUUGAAGAAAUGUAUGGAAACUUUCAAGCCGGAGAAGGAACAGAUUAGUACGAUUAAUUAUCAUGCGUCGAGGCUAUAUCCUAAAUUGAGAGGUAAAGUCAAUGAUUGA